AUGGUCGCGUCUCCCGUCUUUCUUGUGGCUCUUCUUGCCGCGGCAGCAUGCGCGCUGCCAGCUCAACAGCGCUACAUGUGGAUGCCCGACGGCAACGGCCUCCUGCACUUGGUGGACCUCACGCAGGAGGAACCUACUCAACGGCUCGACGGAGCCAAAGACGUCACUCUCAAUCUCUACACGCAGAAAAAUCCAACUUCUGCCCAAAUUAUUCAAUUGAAUAACGUGCCUUCCAACUUCGAUGCUAGCAAGCCCACUCGCUUUGUAAUCCAUGGAUGGAAUUCUGCGGCAUCACACAUGGACCACAUCAGACAAGCUUAUAUUGCAACUGGCAGUGGUUACAAUGUCAUCUUGGUGGACUGGUCUGGCAAAGCCUCUGCAAUUUAUAGUUCAGCAAGAUCUAGUGCUCUUGAAGUAGGCAAAUAUGUUGCCGAAGUUGUAAACAACCUGAUAAGUUUGAAAGGAUUAAAUCUCAACACUCUGUACAUUAUUGGUCACAGUUUGGGAGCCCAUGCAGCUGGUGUUGCUGGAUAUAAUCUUAACUCAAAACUUGCCCGAGUCGUCGGUCUGGAUGCUGCUGCACCCCUCUUUGGUUCGACGUCCCUCCCUAACCGCCUGGAUGCCACUGACGCCCAGUUUGUUGAAGCAAUUCACACCAAUGGGGGUCUUCUGGGUUGGGAAGAUCCACUUGCUGAUGCUGAUUUCUUCCCCAACGGUGGAUCAUCUCAGACUGGAUGUGGGCUGGAUGUAGGAGGUUCUUGCAGCCACAGUCGUUCACAUCAAUACUACGCCGAAUCCAUCACUUCCAAAAACUUUGUUGGAACUCAGUGCUCAACUUACAAACAGUACAGUUCAGGCUCGUGUUCAUCAAACCCGACUGCCAUCAUGGGAGAAUGGACGCCGACAAGCGCAUCUGGUUCCUACUGGCUCGACACGAACAAAUCAUCCCCUUACGCCAAAGGCUAA